UUAUUACAAUCAGCGUCGCCGUGAAACGCAGCUAGACCGUGCAUCACUGACGACGACUGUAUACAACUAACACUCUUUUAGGCCAACUGGUCAGCAAUUUAUUACCUAUCAUGGGUAACUUGUUCUCACAAGAAGAGGAGAGUGAAAUUCAUCGCAUUCAGACUUCAGGAGUAGCUUCACGCAGCAACGUGGAUCAAGUGAACUCCCGCGACGAUCAGUCUGGUCUCUAUUCACUAGUAAAGCUGAAAGGAGGAGGCAUGCUUGUAGAAGGGUUGAGAAAAGCGCAGACGGACGGUACGACUGACGCCAUGGACGAUUUCAGACGUCUGUUACGACAAAAGUUGGCUCCUUUUCUCAGAAAUGGAAGAGAGGGUUACGAAGUGUCAAUAAGGGAUUUGGUGAGAAAACGCCGGGUAUACAGGGAGUCCAAAGAGAAAGGGAACAAAAAGAAACAACGAUAUGUCAAGAAGAACUCCGUGUUUCCUGAAGUCGUCAUAGAAACCGGACACGUCCCGGAAUCGCAAACUCGGCGAGUUUGGUGGGAUACUGACAAGCGGGGAGCUGUUGGAGAGACUGCUCUUCAUUUGUGUUUACUCAACAACAGCUCGCUGUACAAGGAUCUUGCCAGAGAGAUGAUUGCAGAAUGUCCAGGACUUGUUAAUGACAUAUAUCUUGGAGAUCUGUACUAUGGAGAGUCACCUCUGCACCUUGCUAUUGUUAAUGGGGAUUAUGAGAUGGUUAAAAUUCUACUUGAAAAUGGUGCAUGGGUUGAUGAAAUGGCCAUUGGCAGCUUUUUUUAUCCCCUUGACCAGCAGAAUGGAAGAGAAGACGACCAAUAUUCUGAGCAUGUCAGGCUGCAGGAAGAGGAGACAAACUAUGAGGGGAGCUUGGCUAUAGGCAACACCUAACAGCCUUGGCCUUGCCAUAUCCCAGAAAGAGUUCAUGAUAUCUUUGCGCUUUUUGGCUUGGCGUUCCACUUUUUGCCUAAAAAAGAGUCGAUGCUUUUGCAACUAGAGUUUGGAUCACUUUGGAGAACACACACCGUCAUGAUGCUCUGUGUGAUGUCUUCCUUCACGCUUUUUCAGUUGACAAUGCUAACUUUUGAAGAGAACAACGUUGUUCAGUCGACAGCAACAUGCGUUCAAGUGAUGUCUUCCAUCCUGAUUUCGAACAAGAGUCACCCACGUAUUUGAUAUGUCAGUACGGAAUUCUUUUCAACCACAGUACAUCAUCAAAGCUGCACACUAUGCAGGUGCAGCAGCAGAAGCAGGUCAGAUUGAAAAAGACAGCCAUCACGAUAAUUUUGUGAAAGCUACUGGUGGCAUAUUUCACAUACUGGUCUUUGAGACUUUUGGAUUGUGGACCAGUCAUAUAUAGUUUGCUGGUCAUCAAGAAGAUUGUUAGCAGACUUGCCUUUCAAGGAAAUAUAUCAAUGAACAAGACUACCACUAACUUGCACAAACAGCUAUCUGUUACAUUAUGGUUAUAUAAUGUCAAGAUAAUUUUACACAGAUUAGUGUUGGACUGUAGAGAGAGUGCUUUAUUAGUCUUCUAGUUUGUUCUGUGGUUUUUAGUUUAAGAAAGGGUGUUAAAGGAAAAAUUAAAAAUAUGUACCUAUAUUCAUGUCAAAUUUUCUACGAAUCCGAUUCUGUUUUUAAAACAAAUCCUUAAACUCGCUAUCAACAUCUUCGGAUGGAACAAGGGCGUGUUUGUGUACAAGAUUUCCGAAUCUGAGGUUCCUACCAGGAUCAACUUUUUCAUAGAGAAGGAAGGCAAACAGCGCUACACCUGGAUCAAAAAUAUCAUCUGCCUGCUCCACAAUCAGAUCAAGCACAACCAUUGCAUGUU